AUGAUACAAUGGAGAAUAGAUAAUCAUGUUGAUUCAAUUCUAGAAGAUCAAUCCAUAAUACAUCGAGUGGAUCUUAUUCGAAGAAUUAUUCCAAAUGCUCAUCAUGGUUAUACGAAAGCUCAUCAACCAUUAUAUAUUGAAAAAACGGGUCAAAUGCAUGUAAAUCAGGUCCUGAAUGAAUAUACAACAGAGGAAUUGAUGCAAUGUCAUAUAUAUUGGCUUGAAUUUAAUUGUGAACGAACUCGAGAACGUAGUCGACAAUUGGGUAAACAUGUAGAAACUUUUGCUAUGAUUCAUGAUUUAAAGGGAAUGAAAAUGAAGACAAGAAAAUUAAUUCCCUUUUUUAAACAAUGUCUCUGUAUCGAUGACAACUAUUAUGCUGAACGUUUAGGACAUUUAUUUAUUAUAAAUCCACCAAAAAUUUUUCCUGCCCUUUGGAAUUUACUAAAACAUGUCAUUGAUCCAGUUACGAAAUCAAAAAUUAUUGUCAUUAAAAAAGNGGGCAGGAAAAAUUUUUGGUGGAUUUAUAAUAAAUAA